UCUAUGGCGCACAAGCCUCGACAGUCUAACGCGUGCGCCUCUUGGUCUUUUGGUCAUUCCACUGUUGGCUUCUGGAGAUGAGACAUGCCCCAGAGACUGACGCCUUUCCUGUAGUUAGACUAGCCAGCGCCUGUUUUCCAUCACAUUGCGCUCCUUGGAGUGAGGGACCAAUCGAGAAGAGUUUGGCGGCUGCAGGGCGCGCGGCGCGCACUAGAACCAACAGGCGCAACAGAGGAUAACAAUGAAUGCCACGGACAUUCUCUGCCGUAACAACUCUAUAGAGCCAUUAUGUGCAAACGCAACCGCUUCGUCUCCGAGCUUCAUCGACAUCACUACUUUCAUGCACAUUCUUCCGUCCAUUUAUGGCAUCCUGUGCGCUGUGGGAGUUCUGGCCAACGGGUUGGUCAUUUACGCGGUGGCUGCGUGCAAGAAGAAAAUGGUGUCGGACAUCUACGUGCUCAACUUGGCCAUAGCAGACAUGCUUUUCCUGCUGGUGAUGCCUUUCAACAUCCAUCAGCUGGUCCGAGACAGGCAGUGGGUCUUCGGCAACUUUAUGUGCAAGGCGGUGGUGGUGGUGGAUGUCAGCAACCAGUUCACCACCGUGGGAAUAGUAACCGUGCUCUGUAUUGAUCGGUACAUUGCCAUCGUUCACCCCACCUCAGAGCGGCGGACUAUUCAGUGGACUAUCAUAAUCAACGCGCUGGUGUGGAUCGGCAGUUUUCUCCUCACUGUGCCGGUUAUGAUGUAUGCCAAAGUCGUACGUAGAGAGCUUUUGGAGAUCUGCAUGAUGUAUCUAGAUGGGCCUGAGGACAUGUACUGGUACACGCUCUAUCAGUCCAUCCUGGGCUUCAUCAUCCCGCUCAUCAUCAUCAGCACCUUUUACUCGCUCACGCUCUACCACGUGUUCAGCUCCAUCCGUCGGGUCAAACGCAAGCAGACUGUGUGGGCCAAGAGAGCCACCAAGAUGGUGCUGAUGGUUAUCGCGCUGUUCCUGAUCUGCUGGUCGCCCUACCAUGUCAUCCAGGUGAUCAACCUGAGCAACAAUUACCCAACUGUUGCCUUCAUCUACGUCUACAACAUCAGCAUCUGCCUCAGUUACUCCCAUAGCUGCAUCAACCCGCUGAUGUUGCUUAUCUUUGCCCAAAAUUACCGUGAACGUCUUUGUCGCCGAACCACGCUCAACAGUUCCCAACACUCAUCCAAAGUGACUGUCGUGAAAACAGAGGGAUCCUGUAUGGCCGCUGACCCCGGUUAUCGUUGUACUGCCAUUUAGUGAGGAACAUUUCUGGCAGAGAGAGAUGUGGACAUGUUGCUUUUUGUUCAAAUGGACAAGGUAAUGUAGGCCGUGAAAUUUAUACAAGGAUCAGAAAUCAUACUGAGGGUGUCGUGUUCAGCAAAGGAGGUGAUGCGGAUUUAAGUAUCUUGUCACCUGCUUCCAAGCAUGGAAGCAAUGAAAGAAGGGAUGCUGAGGUACCACUCAAGUGUGACUGUUUGGGGAUCAUAUUAUAAUUGAAUAAACGCAGCUACAUUCUGUCUGACAACAAAAAAAAACGGGGGAUAUUUCCCCUGGACAAUUUACCUGACAACUCGCUGUUAAUCUUGAUAUCAUAAACCAAGAUAGCAGAGUUAGGACAGGUUUACAUGACCAGGCAAACAUUAACAGUUUUUUCCUUCUGCUUUUUUUGCAUGUGCGCCAACCACUUGUCCAACUGGACACAGGACAGGUAGUAUUGUUGAUAUGAAACAUGGGAUGUCUGAAAUUUCAGAGGUUCGACAAGGCAGUUUGCAGCUUACAAUCAGUAAUUUCUACUUCUGAAGUCAGGGGUAGUCAUGUACUCUAAUUUGAGUGAGUGUGUUUGGGGAAAAACCAAAACAACAGUUGGAUUUGUAUUUUGACCAACAGAUGUUAUAGUACCGUAGAAAUUUUGAAUAUUAACCAACACAUCCUCCACAUUUAAAAAUGCUUAUUUAACUCUAUUUGAAAUGAUUGCCAAGACUACACUGGUCUUAACCGGUUUCCAGUUAGUCAUCUCAUGUUAACAGCCCCUCAUUAUUUUUAUUCCUAGGUACCAUUAAUAUUAAUGAAGGUAUUUAUUCGGGACAUUAACUGUCAAAGAUAAAGAGUAAUAAGUGAUGUUUUUUUAUGACAGUACUUGUCUCAUUGAAUCAAAAAGGUAAUCAAAUGUCAAAUUGGAAAGUAGCACUUUCUGUGCAUUUCGUGAAUUUAUUUCCAACUAAAGGUCCACUAAUUAGAAACAGUAAUUAGACAACAUUAUUUAGUGUGGUGAAUCUUAUGUAGGUCACUAAAAAAACUGUCUACCCAGGAACCCCGUUUAGACUUAAGUUACUGAAGGGUCAUACUAUAACAGCAUCUAGAUUGGUGAAAGGCUUCAUCAAUGGGAUGCUAUUUUGAACCUGAUCAGUCAGUCCAAUGGGAAAACGUGUGGAGCAUAAAAAGACACAUUUGUGCAAAUGAAUCACACAAAUCCAAUCCAAGCUAAGUUUCAUAUAAAGUUUUGGUAUCAAUAUGAAGAUACUAAACAAGUUGAGCAUCUUUUUGAAGGCUCCGGAUCACCACAGCAGGUCCAAUCGGCUCACUCUAAUUUCAUCACAAGCAGAAGUUUUUAUUGUGGUGGCGUUCCAGUGGAGAGCUUUGAACAUAUCAAAUUGUUAUUAUUAUGUUGUCAAACGUUAUGUGAUUGUUCUCAUUUCAGGUAUGUGCAAAAAAGAAAAAAACUGAGCAAGAAAUAAUGGCCGUGAAUCUUUCUGUCAUAAUGAUGUAAUUUUCCUGUAUGAACCUAAUUUGCUCUUAUUCAUUUCUAUUGUAAAAAUUAAACAAAUGCUGAUGAUAUACUGUGACAUCUUUGGACAUAACAAAAAAAGGUAGUUUUGCUUCUUUUAUUUUUGGGCUUAUUUUCUGAAAUCAAACACAAUUACUUCAGAGCUACCUUUAUGUAGUUGAUAUAAAUUAAUUUGCAAUUUAACAUUUAAUCCUGUAUAGUCCAUUUCUUUAUCCCAUGAACUGCGUUAUUUAAUCAAUCACGGCAUAGUUUCCCUUGUGUAUGUUAAAAAACAGACUGCGGUCGAUACAAUCAAUAUGCAAUAUGUAUUAUAGUGUUCAUUAGUUCUGAUCUGUGGUAAUAAUUUUUGUGUGGUGUUUCCUGCCGUGCUGUGGUCCUGAGAUCCUACCAAGUUGUGGUUGUGCUCACAUGUUUUGUCUUCAAGCUAAAUGCUUCUGAAUCCAAGCAUUGUGAAGUGUGAACAUGCGGACAGAAAAAGCGGAGUGUAAUAUCUACACUGUGCACUGACAAAAUGCGACUUUGACUAAAAUGUCACAUGAACGUUGCGGUUGUCUUGUUUUCAUUUUCAGUGGUCUAUGAUGCAAUUGCAAAAAUCCCUUUACAGAAAAAAAAUAUUAAAUUUACAAUUGCCAUCAUUGUCAACACUUCAAACGUUUCUAAAAGCUCUGGAAGUUUCAAGAUGUUAUGUGUUUGUAUCCAUGAAAUGUAGAAUAUGUGCUGCAGCAGUUUGGUGUUGUUACAGUCAAAUAGUGAAACAUUUGGUGUAUUUUGAAAGAAUAUCCGAUGCUCUGUUGAGAAUAUCAUGUUGGUAUUGUAGGCUACAUAUUGUACAUUGUUGUUGUAUUGAAAUAAAAGUGGCUUUUAUCCAAGA